GAGAGAAAGAGAUGGAGAGGAGAUCAAUGUAUGGAAACCUAAUUGUUCUUAUUACUAUCACGUUUGUAUCUCAUGCAUGCCAUGCAUACUUAGGCAAAGAGAAGGUGACAAAACUCCACUUCUUCUUCCACGACAUCAUCUCCGGCGACCACCCCACCGCCGUGCCUGUGGCUUAUCCUAAAGGAACAGUGAUUAAACCCGGUAGUCCAGGGCCUUUUGGUGCAGUGUACGUCGUUGAUGACCGUCUAACUGAAGGCCCUGACUUAAACUCAAAGGUAAUAGGACAUGCACAAGGGUUAUACGUGUUUGCAGGACAGAAGGAGCUUGUAUUGGUCGUUGCUUAUGACUUUGGGUUCACUUCUGGUGAGUUCAAUGGUAGCUCCAUCAGCUUAUUUUCGAGGAACACAGUUUUGGAAAGUGAAAGGGAAGUGGCCAUUGUUGGCGGCCGGGGGAAAUUUAGGAUGGCACGCGGGUUUGCAAAACUUAAAAAGUACUUCGCUAAUGUCACUAGUGGUUAUGGUGUAGUUGAGUAUCAUAUUACUGUUUUUCAUUAUUAAGGAGAUGCUUGUUGCUCUGUGUUUUAGUAUUUUCAUGAAUAAUAAU